UUUAACGAGAUCGAUAUAAAUUACUGUCGAAAAAUUACAAAAUGACAACCCGUUAUUUCUGUCAAACUAAUGCACGCUAAUGGACGAAAAUGUCAAACUACUCGAGGCAAAUUAUAUGAGACAAUACAAAGUGGUUAAGGUCAUCGAUCAGAUCUACCCUCGUACGGUACAUAAAACGUAAAAUCACAACUACUGUGGGUUUUUUUGGUGAUAUUCGUUGUGAAAAUGUGAUUCUUAAUAUAUUGGACUUAUUAUGUGAGCUAGUUUUACCAGUUGCCAUGGAAAAUCUGUUGUUUCUCAAACUUAUCUUUCCUCUCAUUUAUUGACGUUUCGUAAUUCCGGAUGGAUUAUUACGGAGAGAGACAAAUCAUCGAACACAUCACGUGAUAUGUGAAAAAUACGAACUUAAUAAUAGGACUACUGUACAUGUUGAUGUCUUUUAAUAUAUCACCUUUUACGACUAUAAAGCUGAAUACAAGAUAUUGAAUACCUUCUUAGUAUGCCUGGGUGACUAUGAAUGGACGAAAAUGAAUUAGAAUUGAUAAAUUCAUAUAUUGGUUUAUAAACAUAUUUACUAUAUAUUGAAUGUGUUUGUGUAAUUAAAUAAAUUAUUUAAAUAAAUCAUGCAACACGUCUUAGGAGGAACCAUAUACAAACAGACCAGGAAAAUAAUGGAGUCAAACAACGAAAAAGAACAAUCUCCACCAGAGGUUUCCAUGGAAAUUCAGUUUACAUGGACAGAAACACCACAGCCUUUGAAGGAAAUAAUUGAUUCUUCUGGUGAUUUACCUUCUGUAGUGAAAAUGUGGCAGGAAAAAUCCUCAGCUGACAGCUCGCCAUUAUUGGAUAUACAUAAACCUUUACUUCUGUAUAAAGAGCUGAAUGGGGUUAAAGUUUACUGUAAAAAUGUGACUUCUGUUGAUUUACUGACCGGGGCACAAUGUAAAGAUGACCCAAUAGUUGUUAUUCCACUUGGAUAUACAGGAUGGUUUCGUCUCAUAGAUGACCGUGAUAAACCACUGACAACAAUCUCCAAUGUAGCGAGGAUAAUGCCAAAGAAAAUCUUAUCAUAUAAACAAGUGACUGGAUAUAUCCGCGACCAGUACACUACAAAUAGUAACUUAGCUGAACCAUUACACCUCAAAGUAGAUAUCCAACCAGGGUUACUGAAAGUACUCAAUGUAAAGGAAGAUUUUGUCAGGUAUACUGACCAUAAAAAGAUUGUCAAACGAAAACUACUUCGCUGUCUUGUUUGUAAGACGGAAGACGAUACCAACGUAUUGCUGCCUUUUGAAGCGGCGGGAAUGUUUUACUUGAUUGAAGUUCGGAAGUCAACGUCAAAACAUAUCAAUAUUGAGAACAUAGGAUAUGCAUACAAUAUAAAAGAUAUGUACACGGCAGGGUUGUCUAAAGGGGUCAUUUUGAAAUUACUACAUGGUCGACCGCCGUCAAAACCAUGUGGGUUUUCUCAAAUAUUGAAAGUGUGUGACUUGAUCAAAGAUCACACAGUAAUAGCAUGUACUAUAAGUGAAAACAAAAGAUUAUUAGAACUUCCCGUAGCACCGGUGCCAUUGUUUGUAAAAGCUUUAAACUACCCGCAUUUCGACAGACAUCAAACUUUCUUAGAUACUUUGAAAUUCAUGGAUAAAAACGCUGAUGGAUAUGCCAACGAACUUAAAGUGCGCCAUAAUUAUAAAGUGGAUAAAACUGCAAGAAAAGAGGAAAAAGAAUCAAAGAAGGACGAGAAAUUGUAGUAGAAAUAACAUGGCUUUAUAUUAUGUCUAUCAUGAUAAAAUAUGGUGCUAUUUAAAAAUCUAAAGUAUAAAACUUGAAUGUAGUUGGAAACAAAAAGAUUUGUCACAUCUUUUAAAAAGACUGAUCACCCUUGUGCAAAACAAUGGAAACUAUGGUGUAGCGAUUAACCCUUAGAUAUUUUAUUUUUUCAUGUCAAUGACACUUUUUCAGGAUCUUCAUCAUUUCAAGUCACCGUGUCCCACCUAUUUUGUUUUUGAUUCGUAUUAUAUUUAGGGUUUAUCUUGACUUUGCCAUUUAUUCACCGGGGGUCACAAUUUGAUUUAUUGCUACUAAUUCCUACUAAUGUAAUGAACAAAAUUACAUGAAACUUUCUCAGAAUUUUCACCAUAUAAUGUAUACCCCUUCUAUUUUGUAAUGUACUCGGGGAAAUAUUUUCCGCGAUUAAGUUUACAAACCAUUGACUUUGUCAUUACUUUUUCUGGGGGAUAUCCAUUUUAUAUUUGCAUCUUCCUUAAAGAUUUAUUUAAACCUUUUCUAGAAUCGUCAUCAUAUAAUGCCACUGUACACCUCUUAAUUUGGAAUUUGAUCCAAAUUAUUUUUCGGUUGUCCCUUUGUAGGCAAGGACCGGGAUAAUCUAUUUGGUACUCUGCGCGCGAAUUACCCUAUAGUUUUUGUUUGUGUCUUUGUGCAAUAGUGUACUGCAUAUAUUAGAUGAAGGAUACAAAUUUACCUAAUCCUAUAGCUAUAUCAAUAAUCAUAUAUAAGCAUUUAUUAUAGUUUAUUUGCUUAGAACUACUUGUAUUAUAUCAGAAAAGUGGUAAACUUUUUACUUUUUUAAUAGUCUAAUUUUGAUUAUGUACUUAUGAUGUGGCUCGGUACUCAUACAUCCCACCAUUGUGAUAUUGUGCUUUGAUCAAUUUUGAAUUCUUGUCUUUCAUUUGACCAUGGAAGUAUUAUAUUGUCAAUAUAAUACUUCCAUGAUUUGACUAAUGUACUUUGUUUUUAUGCCAUUUUGUGUUUCUUUGUAGAAACCUUUAUUUAUUUAUAUAUAGUGAUUAUAACAUUAUAUUACAAUGUUGACUGCUGUAUCUAACAUUUUGACGUUUUUACCCAUUACUGGAUACAUGUUAACCUCGAUUUCCGCGAAAAUGCAAGUGUUCCUCAAUCCACGAAAAAUUGAUACCCACGAAAAUAAAUGAAUCCACAAUG